UACAGCGGUAAAAUCUGUUCGCCAUCAUUCUCGACCAUUGUGAGCCGCUCCGACCAGCCGCCGCUUUGGGAAACUAUCUGUGACGGUUCUGAGGGGAGGCUUCCCGACACAGUCGCCCUGCGCCGCACGCACGAUGGAUUUCUUCAAAAGUGUUCUUCCACCACUGCCGAAGCUACCGAAGAUGAAGAAAAUCCGUCAGUGGAACAGAGGUACGCUGCUGAACUUAAGCCCGUUUCCGCAUCUACCGUCGCCCUUCAAUUUCGGCCCUCAUGUUGGCGGUGGUGGAGGAUCAGGCGUUGGCGGACAUCGUCCACCCGGCCACGCUAAGGUCACCGCAGGGCCGGCCGUAAUACCGAGGCAGGCCCUUCGACAUACGCGCCACACGUCGGACAUCUCCAGUAUCUCGGCGACAGUCGACAGCAAGGGACCGGCCGGGUUGGAGCUUCGCGACAACUAUGGACUGUACGCGCUGAAGUGCGACCGGAACGCAGCCAAACGUGGCAUCCUGUUGCACUUGCCGCGCAAAAUUACCCAGGCCGUGGCCGGGGGGCACAUCCAGCCAGCCGCCAGCGGUGGUGAGAUGGUGCACGAGAAGUUCUCGCCAUGCAAACAGCGACCGGCGACGGAACAGCCGGCUACCAUUCAGGCACCGCCACGUCGCCGAAAACGCCCACCAAAAGCAACACCCGCCGAAAGAUGUGCUCCGCCGGAAGUGAGCGGAACCGUUGAUCGUGGCAAGUGGCAGAAAAAUAGUAGCGAGCUGUUUCGCAUCGUUGAGCGCGAGUCGGCCAACGCUGCGCGGUUGCGUUCGACGGGCGGUCUCGGAUUGCAGCUGAUACGCCCACCGCUGCCGGGAGUCCGCGGGGAAAGGCGCGAACGCCGGGAAUACGGUGGGUUUCCGAGGUCAUCCGAGCCCAGCCGAUCGUUGAGAAGUCAGCUGAAGGCUCGUUCGAUGGAUAACCUUGCGGCCACACACCACAAGCACCCGAUGAUACCCGGCCCCGUACGGGUCGGGCAAAUCAACGACGUUUUCAGUGACGAUAGCGAUGACGAGAGACGCCCAACCGGACUCCAGGUGCGGACUCCAACCGGACCGGUUGCAUCGGCCAGUGCUAGCCAGAUCAGCCAAACGAAGAUGGAAGCUUCCACCGGUAGACCGGAGGUAGCUGAUCUGCACGAGCAGCUGAAGAGGGCGACCUUUUUCUCGAUCGACAACAACUCGGACGAGAUAGAGAUCCGCUUCCGGAACAGUGGCGGUGGCGGUGGCGGCGGCAGCAGUACCGAUGAGUCGAGCGAAGCCGACACUCUCGGGAAGGAUGGUACGUCGCAGCGGCUGCCACUGCCUGCACGGGUCGCACAAUUGCGUUGCGAAACCAUUCGGUCGCAUCCUCAACCGGCGGUCGUCGUUCCACUGGCUGAGGUCCUCAAGCGAUCCCUCGAUAGCGGCGAGCUGAAACGACGCUGGCUGAACAACUUGCUCGCCGAUGGUAGCCUGGCGCCGGACGACGCGAUCGACACAGAACGCAAGGAUAACUUCGAAGGCAGCGUGGACAUUUUCCACCAACCGGCGUGCGAUUUCCAAGAGUUUGAUACCCUAUUCCCUAACGCCUUCACACCGAAAAUUGGCAACACCAGCGCCGAAAUCCGGGACGUUGACCACAGCCGGUCCACUGCCAGCCUCCAGCAGCUGUGUUUCUCGUCAUCGUCGUUCUCGUCGCACGACGCCAAAGCGGAAACGAUAAAACGGGCCUGCACAAAACAUCGGAGCUCACCUUCAACAACACCACCUUGGGGCGCAGGCUGCCAGCAACAUGUCCGCGGCCCAUCGAGCGGAAGCUUCCGAAGCACUGUCCGAAUUCAAGACUACAGCAGCAAGCAACUGCAACGGGUACGAUACCUCGCCUCCCCUUCACCAUCACGCAGCUCCUUAACGGGGCAGGCGCCGAGUGGUUGCCACUCGCCGGUCGUCUGCUACGGCGACGGAGCACUGACAUCGAGCAGCACUCCCGGAGGAGUGUCUGGCUGCAAUCAGCAGCCACAGCAGAACGGCACGCUACCGGCGAAUAGUGGUGCAUCCGGUCGCGAAUGUCUCCGUGGAUCACAGUUGCCACUAGUGACCGAAGGGGCUGGCCCUCACAGCGUCAUACCGAACUAUGAUGAAUUCUACAACGAGGAAGGGGUUGUUAUCAUAUGA